UUUGUGGGUAUGAACAGAACGGUUGUUGAUGAUAUUACUUUAUUGAACAACAAGUUCUUUCACGUAGCACUUGUAGAAUGCAGAGAUUUCAACGACAAUAGACUUGAGGUUUCUGCACCGGAGAACAGUCCAAACACGGAUGGCAUUCACCUCGAAAGAAGCUCUAAUGUUAGUAUCUCUUGGUCCAACAUUGGUACCGGAGAUGAUUGCAUUUCUGUUGGCCAAGGGAACUCUCAAAUCACUAUUACAAAUAUCACUUGCGGACCAGGUCAUGGCAUAAGUGUUGGAAGCUUGGGAAAAUACCCACAUGAACAAGAUGUAAAUGGACUGUUUGUAAGAAAUUGUACAAUUAGCAGGACUUCAAAUGGGAUUAGGAUCAAAACAUGGGCUGAUUCUCCUGGUAGAAGCUCGGCUACUAACAUGAAAUUCGAGAACAUUGUAAUGAAACAUGUAAGAAAUCCAAUCAUUAUUGAUCAAGCAUAUUGCCCCUUCCAUUCUUGUUCAUCUCAGGCACCAUCAAGGGUGAGAUUGAGCAACAUAUACUUCAAAAACAUUAGGGGAACUUCACUAUCUCAAGUAGAAGUGACACUUUCCCGUAGUAAAGGAAUUUCCCUAUGCAAGGAUAAAUGGCUGAAGAACAAACACAGGGGUAAUUCUAAGUUCCAACAAUACCUACUCCAAACCAAACCUGCUAAAGCUCAAUAA